AAACACAACUACAUUCAAUCAUGUCUAUGUCUCUAGAGAUGUUCUUGAUGUCCUCUUUUUUGUUCUUCCUCUUCUUUCCCAUGGAUACAGUUUCUCAAGGUUUUUCAGACCCAACAGGUGGACAGUUCAGCUUCAACGGCUACUUAUACACCGACGGAGUCGCAGAUCUAAACCCUGACGGAUUAUUCAAACUCAUUACUUCAAAGACGCAAGGAGGAGCUGGUCAAGUUCUCUACCAGUUCCCUCAAAAUUUCAAGAACUCAAGAAACCACACCGUUUCAUCUUUCUCCACCACCUUCGUCUUCGCCAUCAUGGCAACCCGUAAAACAGUCGCCGGUUGUGGACUCUCCUUCAACAUAUCCUCAACAAAAGGCUUGAACUCUUCCGCAAGCAACCGCUCUGUUUCAGUUGAGUUCCACACCGCCAAAACCGACGGUAAAGAUGUUAACGAGGUUGUUAUCAACGUCAGUGGUUUAGAUUCAUAUAGAAACCACUCUGCUGGCUAUUUUAAAGAUGAUGGUAGUGGUUUUGUGGAUAUAGAGAUUGCAAGUGGGGCGCCAAUACAAGUGUGGGUUGAGUAUAACAACUCAGCUAAACAGCUAGAUGUUACAAUGCACUCUAUCUAUACAUGCAAGCCCAAGACUCCUCUGCUUUCGCUCCGAAAAGAUCUUUAUCCUUAUCUACUUGAGUACAUGUAUGUUGGCUUCACUUCAGUAGGUAGUCCAACUUCUUCUCACUAUAUUCUUGGAUGGAACUUCAACAACAACGGGUCAGUUUUACCUAUAGUUCACUCUCGUCUCCCCAAACUUCCUGAUGAUAAAGAUCGGUCGUUGAGCCGCAAGAUCUUGGCGAUUAGUUUGAGUCUUUCAGGGUUUACACUCAUUGUAGUCUUGGUUUUUGGAGUUGUCUUCUACUUGAAGAGGAAUAAGUUCUUGGAAGUUAUUGAGGACUGGGAGGUUCAGUUUGGUCCUCAUAGAUUCACUUACAAAGAUCUUUUCAUCGCCACAAAAGGUUUCAAGAACAGUGAGCUUCUUGGAAGAGGAGGCUUUGGAAAAGUCUUUAAAGGGAUCUUACCAUUGUCUAGCAUACCGAUCGCGGUGAAGAAGAUUUCUCAUGAUUCGAAACAAGGAAUGAGAGAGUUUUUGGCUGAGAUUGCUACCAUUGGAAGACUAAGACAUCCAGAUUUAGUUCGUCUUCUUGGCUAUUGUAGACGCAAAGGAGAGCUUUACUUGGUUUAUGACUUUAUGCCUAAAGGAAGCCUUGAUAAGUUUCUUUACAAUCAACCAGAUCAAGUUCUUGAUUGGUCACAGAGAUUUAAGAUCAUCAAAGAUGUUGCCUCGGGGCUUUGCUAUUUGCAUCAGCAAUGGAUGCAAGUGAUUAUCCACAGAGAUAUUAAGCCAGCAAACAUUCUUCUUGAUGAAAAUAUGAACGCGAAGCUCGGUGACUUUGGACUUGCAAAGCUAUGUGACCAUGGGAUUGAUUCUCAGUCCUCCAAUGUUGCAGGUACAUUUGGAUAUAUAUCACCAGAGCUUUCAAGAACAGGAAAAUCAAGCACAAGCUCUGAUGUUUUCGCAUUCGGAGUGUUCAUGCUGGAGAUAACCUGUGGAAGAAAACCCAUUGAGCCACGAGGAUCACCAAGCGAGAUUGUUUUGACUGACUGGGUACUAGACCGUUGGGAUAGUGGAGAUAUACUUCAGGUGGUUGAUGAAAAGCUAGGGCACAAGUAUCUUGCCGCGCAAGUAACUCUAGUUUUGAAAUUAGGGUUGCUUUGUUCGCAUCCAGUGGCAGCAACUAGGCCAAGCAUGUCAAGCGUAAUGCAAUUCUUAGACGGUGUAGCCACUCUUCCUCAUAACUUGCUUGAACUUGUGAAUGCUCGAAAUAUAGAUGGAGGAUUUGAUGCUUUGGGCGAAGCAAAAGAGCCUCCAGGGGCCAGUAGUAACACUUUUUCUUCGGUCAUGACGGAAUCGUUUGUCUCUGGUGGACGCUAACUAAUGAUCUUAUUUUUAUGUUGCAUACUUGCAUAGUACGAGAUUGUAGAAUGAGAAUGAAAUAAUGUUGUUUCCUUGUUUCCACUAAGUAUUAGGUUACGUCCUGAACAA